AUGAGAGCGGGUGAGAACCUGCCAGGUCCCAAUUGGCCGAAGGCAGCUGCAUUCUUGCAGCUGAUUGGCUCUGGGGAAAGCAGCUUGGAGCUGGCUUGGGGAACUCACUGUGGAGAUCAGAGCCAAACCUCCUCACCUGCCAGAACUGUCGUUAAAGUGAGUAAGGGUGGAUAUGGGAGUUAUAGAAGCUUGUCUGCUGUGGGUGGAGCCAGUGGGGGUAAUGGCCAACCCUCUAGGGGAGGUGCAACUCCUCCUGCUAAGCCCGGAAGAUCCAAAUCUGGAAUCCAGACCGUUAUACAUUGUUGUGUAAACCAGCUGCUCACCUCUACUCUCGUUGAAAUGAUUAGGGGAAUUGAGAUUUCCCAAGUCUCUAUUGUGGGGUUAAUCAGGCAGGCUGAGAGGGCACACAGUAUAUAUAUUCUUUACAAAAUUGAUGAUAUGACCUCGAAGCCUAUCAAGGCGGGACAGUGGUUUGACAGAGAGAUUCCGCUUCCAGUCAGAAUAUAUGCCAAAGUGUUUGGCAUCCUCAAAUGUGCUGCUGAAGCAAAAAGCCUUGAGGUACUGAAAAUUCAUGUCGUGGAAGACAUGAACAAGUUCACCACACGUGUUCUAGAAACUGUCAAUGCGCACGUGAUGCUGGAUAAAGCCCACCAAGCCACCCCUGGGGAAAGUGUGCCUGUUGCCCCAUCAGAAAUGUAUGACACCAUCUAUUACAGUGAGCACCACCUCAACUGCAUCCGGUAGGAGGCGCUACGUUUUAUUCACCAGUGUCCUCGACUUGAGGGAAAGAGCGCUCGGGCGCUCCAGAUCGAGCUUCCCAGCGCGAGCAUCAGAGCCAUCAAGGGUGAUUCCCUGACCAUGGAGGGCCAUGUCUGUUCUACUGUGGAUAGGGAGCAUUUUAAAUCUGCUGACUGAGGCAUCUAAAACACUCUUAAUUUUUGGAAGACCCUUGUCUCCAGCUGUGAGUAAUUUUGACCUGUUGACUUUUAGGAAGUAGGGUUUUUCAAGAAAAAUAUUAGCUGGCACCCUUUUGAAACUUUCUGCUUUUCCAACUGCUUUGAACUUUUCUGUUUUUCUAACUGUGUUUGAAGCUCAGAAGGAGAUAGUGAUGGAUAAAUUGACUGAACGUUUUGAGGAAUUACCAGCAAGCUAGUGAAAAUGUUACAAUGUAGAUAAAUUUGGUAGAGAAAAGGUACAGAAAGAGCUGAAAAUUAUUAUUUAAUUGUGUGGGAGCUUCUUUUUCUGAAAUAUCUAUAUAUUAGAAGAAGUAUACAUAGAAAGAGAACCAGCUAAGAGACCAAAAAAAAAAAAAAAAGUUUUCACACUAGACUUAUUGUACACGUUUGGAUUUAG